CCAAUGCUUCUUCCCACAAAAAUAACAAACCUAUAAUACUUGAUUCUAUCAACAAAAAUCAGCCUACAGUUGAUAGUUCAUCCCUUGAUAGUAGUGCUAGUAGUGAUAAUUCUAUAUUAUCAUCACUAAACGCACAAUUGAGAAUGGGAUCUGUCGAUCUAUGCCUUAAUACAACAAGGCAAUAUCUUAAUCUGGUUCAGAAAGGGCACACAAAGAUGGGGGCGAGUAGCCUUCUGUCUAAGAGUUUAGGUAAAAGCCCAUGGCAUGCGCAGUAUAUUCAUGCCUGGGCAAAUCAAUGGAAGAAUAGCAAAGAAUUAGUAAAGUCAAAAUGUGGCCGAUAUAAAAAACGAAAACUUUAA